GUCAACUCUUUUUUACUAUUGACAACUGAAAAGUAUAAUACAAUAUAAUUUAUUAAAAACAAACUACACCAUCAAAUAAAUAAAAUGCUGUUUCAGCAAGGACUAUUUUUAGCGCUCAACUUCCUUAAUAGCCCACAUAAAAGCUCUACUGUCGUCUAUACUGUUUCCCAUUAAAACAAGUAUAUAUGGCAUCAGUGUAUGUGAGCGCCAAACAAAUUAAAGUGCCUUUCAUUUUGCCAAUUGUGGCGAUGCUAUGGAUUCUGUUACUGAUGAACGUCUACUGGUUUACGUUCAUAUUGAAACUGCUGUACAAAGUAAUAACGGGUCAAAUCAAAGAAUUGGACGACAAUAGAGAAUAUUCUGUGGAUAAGAGUUCAAAGACAUCAGAAGAAUCAGAUGAAGACCAGCUGAAGAAUGGCCGCUAUUAUCUGAGACAAAGAAAAAUUGACUAUAAUUUGUUACACACGGGAAGAUCGCAAUAA